CUGGUUUUGUUUUGCAGGCUCUUCCAGACCAAGUGCAGCAGCUGCCUGAAGGCCAUCGCUCCCUCCGAGCUCAUCAUGAGGGUGCUGGAGAACGUCUACCACGUCCACUGCUUCUAUUGCUGUGAGUGCGAGCGGCGUCUGCAGCGGGGAGAUGAGUUUGUGCUCAAGGAGGGGCAGCUGCUGUGCCGCAGCGACUACGAGAAGGAGAAGGAGAUGCUGAGUGCCAUCAGCCCCACGCCCACCGAGUCCGUGAAAAGCGAGGAUGAGGAUGGCAGCCACUCUCAUGGCAAAGGCAGCGAGGACAGCAAAGACCACAAACGCUCCAAGCGCCCGCGCACCAUCCUCACCACGCAGCAGAGGAGAGCGUUCAAGGCUUCUUUUGAGGUCUCCUCCAAACCCUGCAGGAAGGUGAGGGAGACCCUGGCGGCAGAGACGGGGCUGACGGUGCGGGUGGUGCAGGUGUGGUUCCAGAACCAAAGAGCAAAGAUGAAGAAGAUCGCUCGCAGGCAGCAGCAGCAGCAGCAGCAGCAGCAGGAGCAGGAGCAGAUGGGCAAUCCCCGCUUGGGGUCUGGGAGGGGGACGGGGCGCAGCAGCAGGCAGAGCAACGACGACAGCGAAGAUGGUGCAAGCGUUCACGGCCUGGAUGGGCUGAUGGUCCCAUACCCCCGGCUCCCCCAGCAGCAGCUGCUGCCCCUGGACCAGAAUGGCUACAGCACGGACCUCUACAGGCAGGGCCUCACCCCACCACAGCUGCCUGGAGACCACCUGCACCCCUACGAUUCAGAAGGAGUUUUCCAUGACAUGGACAGCGACGGCAUCAGCCACCUGGGGGACUGCCUGCUGUCGACGGCCGAAGCCAACCUCCUGCAAGCCCGCGUGGGCAACCCCAUUGACCGACUGUACUCCAUGCAGAGCUCCUACUUCACCUCCUGACCUUCAAACAGCUCUCCACCAGUACCCACCAGUAUCUUGGACGGGUGCUGCUCUGGGUUCAGACAUGAGACAUUCCUUGAGUGCUGCACAACGGAGGAGGCAGCGGAUCCAGCCACACUGAAGCACUAUUCUGCAACCCGAAGGACUUGGGGUUGCCUCUCUCCUUACUUUCUAGCCUAAAUGGACGGUAUGAUGUUGUUUAGCUGUUCCUUUAGCAGUUUGUCCAGUGUUGAAGCUGUUUGAGCAUGACCUCUUUCCAACACAGACUGGCCAAGCCAAUCAGAGUGGCCCCAAGCUCUUGUUUAUUCAAGUCCUGCUGCGCUGGUUUGUCUCAUUCCUCAGCCCAGAUGCUUCAUGGGGCAAGGUUAAUUUUCAACAAGGUUCUGAGGCCUCUCCAAGGGAUGCCUCUCUGCUCCAUGCCCUCUUCAUGGCCAUCACUCGGUCUGAGCAGCGCAGUUUUCAUUUGACAUUUCAGAAAGGUGCCGUCGCCUGGCUUCUGAAUGAAACAGCUGGGAUCGGUGUCUGCCUCCAGAAAUGAGAGCAUUUCUGCUCUGUCGUGUUCGAGGAUGCCAAGAGGAAUGUGGCAAAACCACAGCGAGUUCCCUAUUGCUGUUACAUCUUUCAUUCUCCAAAGGGGCAGUUUAUGGACAAAACACAAAAUCACAGCUGCCAGCCAUGCUCCUUUCUGCUUUUUUUUUCUUUUUUUUCCAUUUUAAAACAGCAAAGUGAAGAGGAUUUCCUCUAAAAAUAUUCCCGAUGGAAAGCCUGGUCUCUAUAGCUAUGUUCACAGCAGGUUUUUUGGCAACUCUGCCCAUGGCAGGUGGGUUGGAACAAGAUGACUUUUGAGGUUCUGUCCAACCCA